CUUUCUCUUAAGCGUCUUGCGAUUUACGAGGCAAAAUUACAGGGCCAGACGGAAUCUAGUUCUUCUUGUUCAGACUUCCCCCAUCGACAGAGGAAAUAGAGCGAGAAGAAGAAGACUAUGGCCGCUAACGAUAAGGGAUCUAUAUUGCAAUUCGCACCAUUCCAAAGCUUGGUGGACGAAGGAUUCUGGCAUAGGCUCUCUUCCUUGAAGCUCAAUGAACUAGGCAUCGACGAUUCCCCUAUUCCAAUCACUGGUUUCUUUGCACCUUGUGCACAUUCUCAAGUGUCAAAUCAUUUGACGCUUCUAUCUGAGUCAUUGCCUUCCGAAGUAAGCAGCGAAUCAUCAGCACCAUUAACUACUAAAGGCAACAGGAAUAGGUGCUCUGUUCCUGGAAUCUUAUACAAUACAAAUACUGUGGAAAGCUUCCAUGCCCUUGACAAGCUAAGCUUACUAAAAUCUGAAGCAAAGAAGAUUUGGGAGGAUAUUCUCAGCGGAAAAGCUAUAGAGGAUAGUUCAGUACUUGCAAGAUUCCUUUUGAUCUCAUUUGCAGACUUGAAGAAAUGGAACUUUCACUAUUGGUUUGCUUUCCCUGCUCUUGUUCUCAAUCCUCCAGCAACUGUAGUUGAACUGAAACCUGCUUCACACUGGUUUAACUUGGAAGAAGCUGAAUCAGUUUCCUCAAGUUUUGCUCAGUGGCGCAGCUCAAACCUAACUUCUGACAUACCUUUUUUCUUGGUGAAUAUUGAUUCAAGUUCUCAAGCUAGCAUUAAGCAUCUGAGAGAUUUUGAAGCCUGCCAAAACAAUGGGGAAAAGCUUCUUUUUGGCUUUUAUGACCCCUGUCAUCUUCCAAAUAAUCCUGGUUGGCCUCUUCGCAACUUCCUAGCUCUAAUUUACUCGAGAUGGAAUCUGAAGUCGGUGAACUUUUUAUGCUACAGAGAGAACCGUGGUUUUGCAGAUCUUACUUUAUCUCUUGUUGGUAAAGCUUUGAUCGAUGAUACCCAAGGGUUUAGAGAUCAACAAUGCAUGCCUAAUGUGGUUGGAUGGGAGCUGAACAGAGGGAAGAAAUGCCAUAAAUCUAUUAACCUUGCAAAAUCCAUGGACCCAACUCGGUUAGCUAUAUCAGCUGCAGAUUUGAAUUUGAGACUAAUGAGGUGGCGUGCUUUGCCUUCUUUAAACAUAAACAUCUUGUCUUCUCUCAAGUGUCUCUUGCUUGGGGCAGGUACUCUUGGAUGUCAGGUUGCACGUAUGCUUAUGGCAUGGGGUAUACGGAAAAUUACACUAGUUGACAGUGGAAGGGUAGCUAUGUCGAAUCCAUUGAGGCAAUCACUUUACACAAUGGAGGACUGCCUCAAUGGUGGUGACUUUAAAGCCGAAGCAGCAGUUAAAAGUCUCAAUCGAAUUUUUCCCGCCAUGGAAGCCGAAGGUGUUGUGAUUUCCAUACCAAUGCCUGGUCAUCCUGUUUCAGACAAUGAAGCAGCCAGCAUGCUUGAUGAUUGUAGACGACUCGAUGAUUUAAUUAAUUCUCAUGAUGCAGUUUUCUUGUUGACUGAUACUAGGGAAAGUCGGUGGCUUCCUACACUUCUAUGUGCCAAUACAAACAAGGUUACAAUCACUGCAGCUUUGGGGUUUGAUAGUUUCUUAGUUAUGCGCCAUGGAGCUGGUCCUUCUGGUUCCUGCCAUGAUUCCACAUCUCAAACCAAUAUAGCCAAUCUUUCUUUAAAUGCUGCAAACACAAAGCAGAGAUUGGGCUGUUACUUCUGUAAUGAUGUUGUUGCGCCCAUUGAUUCAACUGCCAAUCGCACAUUGGAUCAACAAUGCACUGUUACUCGCCCAGGGCUUGCUCCCAUUGCGUCAGCCAUUGCAGUUGAACUUCUGGUUGGAAUUUUACAUCAUCCCGAAGGAAUAUAUGCUGAAUGUGAACUAUCGAACUCUGGAGCAUCUGAGCAACCUCUGGGUAUCUUGCCCCAUCAAAUUCGAGGCUCCCUCUCACAGUUUUCUCAGAUGACACUUGUUGGCCGUUCAUCAAAUACUUGUACAGCUUGCUCCAGCCUGGUUGUAUCUGAAUAUCGUAAUAGGGGCAUGGAUUUUAUUCUUCAAGCGAUCAACCAUCCAACUUAUUUGGAAGAUUUGACCGGACUUACAGAGUUGAUGAAAUCAACUAGCUCUUUUCAACUGGACUGGGACAAUUACACGGAUGGUAGUGGUGAUGAUGAUGAUGGAUGUAUCGAAAUUUGAUGCAGACAUUCAAUGUAUUGUAUAACAUCAAUUCAAUAACAUUUUUUGUACAUAAGCACUGACUGAAAAAAUCAAAUUCCAAAUUUAGUAUUUUUCUUGAAUCCUUAGUUAGUCAUGUAUGUGUCUUGCAGAUGCUUCUUUCUUGGUUCAAUACAUAACUGUGUUCAAAUUUCA